AUGGUGGGGCUGUUGCUGUUGGCUGGCCGCAUGCACGGUGUGAGUCGGAAGGCUCGACGGAAACCCAAGAUUAUAUCAUCGCGAGGACGCAGUGUGGAGGUCAAUAAACACAAAUUGAAACACCCUCUUCAAGCUGUGUGUCUCUCCAACACUCCCGCCACUCGUGAGGCGAAGCCCGAGGCCGACGUCCGUCACAUAGUCUUGGACACUGGUGGAGAUCUCGAGUACCUAGAAGGGCAGUCUGUUGGCAUCAUCCCUCCUGGGGCCAAGACGAAAGUAUACUCGAUAGCCUCAGCUGGUCAGGGUGAUCUCUCCGACGGUACUACUGUUUCCCUCUGUGUUAAACGGUUGGUGGAAGUAGACAAGGAUUAUGGGGAGGUGGAGGAGGAUGGCCUCUACGCCGGUCAUAAGGUGUAUCGCGGAGUGGGAUCAAACUAUUUGUGCGAUUUGAAGCCUGGUGACACGGUCGCUAUAACAGGUCCGACCGGUAAGGAAUUGCUACUUCCCGACGAUCCAGAUUCGAAGGUGCUAAUGUUGGCCACAGGAACAGGCAUUGCUCCUUUCCGAGGCUUCCUCACCUCUGAGUUUUGCAGAGGGAUUGACCAAGGCGAAGGGAAGUUGUGGUUGAUUUUGGGUGUGGCUGAUCGAUCGUCUAUACUCUACCCCCAAGAGCUGAGUGAUUGUGUCUCUGCUAAUUCGGACCGUCUCAGAGUAGACUACGCUCUCUCGAGAGAGGAAAAGGAUGAGCAGGGAAGGAAGAUGUAUAUCCAAUCUAAGAUGCGUCAAUGUGGAGAAGACAUCUGGAGGUGGCUACAAGAGCCUAAUUUCCAUCUCUACAUGUGCGGCAUGAAGGCGAUGGAGUCGGGAGUCCACGAAGCUUUGUCGGAGAUCUGUGCGAGUCACGGAAGUGAUUGGAAGGAAAUUCUGGCGAGGAUGAGGAAAGAAGGCCGCUACCACGCUGAGGUAUAUUGA